UCCUGCCUCCUUGCAGGCUGUUGCUAGGCGGCAAAAGGCUGCAGGUCCGUGUGGGCGGCCGCACGCUGUGGUGAGAAGAAGGCGGUUCUCUGGCUCCCUGCCGCGCCGGGGACUGGCUUUCGCCUCCACUGCCAGGCUCCGGCUGCGAGGGUUGAGAAUCCUGCACGCUGAGGCAGCCAGGCGGUGGCGCCCGACGGACGAGGGUAAACUGCACCAGUCUCUUAGGGAGAAGCAGCGGAUCGACCCGACCUUGGGGCAUCGAUUUACCUCAUAAAAGCGGGACUUUGCGGUGUUCGAAAGUUUCAGGGAGGAGAAAGCCCUAGAGCUCAGCCUACUGCCGGACCAACUUCCAAAUGUUACGAGCGGCUUUUUUUUCCCCCUUCUCAACAGAAUUGUGUGUUCCGAGCCAUCUCCAUCUCCAGACCCUGAGGAGAAAUACUGAAUAGACUCGGAAGGCUCUGUCUGCAUCAGUAAGUAAUAGAGAGACUUCAGCAGCAAAAAUACAGAGAGCCUGGUACAUUUAUGUGGACAAAUCAUUGUUUAAACUCCUAAAACACACAGUUUGUGCAGCGAUUCAGUGGUGAAACAUUUCCACCUUGCAUCGUGUUUAAAAUUUUUCUAAAAAGUGAUAGCCGUGGCUUUACGUAUUUCAGCGGGAAAAAUUUACUAAAGCCGUCAAGUAAGCAUCCUGAAAGCUUCAUCACUUGUCUUGCUGGGUCUCCAUCAUCCACGUCUCUGAGAACCUGCUAACAAACAAGAGGAAGACAACUGGAUCUUAGGAAAUCCCAAUUCAACACAUAGAUCCUUUUAUGGACACUUCGUCUGACAAAAACAUGGAAAGUCAGAGUGCAGAGAACCAGAAAGAGCCAGCUGCUCAGAGACGCCCCCCACCAGAAGAGAAUCCCAGGGUGAAAUGCAGAGACUGUGGGGCCUUUGGGCACACUGUAAGAAGCAGAAAGUGUCCUAUCAAGUGUUGGGAUGGGGCCAAGGCACCAUUACCCUUGGGAGUAAAGAAGGAAAAGGAGAACCGGGACCCAAAGAAGAAGCCGCAGAAUCCCCAGAGUCCUGAGCCAGAGACUGAAGCAGAGAGAGAAGAGAGAGAAAGACUAGAGAAGAGGAAGAAGGCUCUCGUGCUCAGAUUUCCCAAGAAACCCCCAGAGAAGAAGCCACCGAGUUGGAAGGACACGACACAUUCUGGUGACUAUCUGAGGCGCCCGAGCAGACCAGCAUUCAUCUGUAUAAACAGGAAAUUAUUCCUGAGCGAUACUCAGGAUAGUAUGCAAGCAGACGAGAAAUCUGAUGGCCAGCCGUACCAUACAGCACCUUCUACAGAAGACACUGAUAUUAUCUUUCCUCUUGAGGAAGAAAAAUGUCAGACCUGGGAUGUCCUUAGCGAGCCAAAAACAGCAUCUGGGCACAGUGAUGAAGACCCAGCUGUCGGUGAGAAUCCAACAGACCAAAGCAUAGAGUAUUGCUUCUAUCCGGUUCCAGAGGAUACCUUCCAAGUGCAGGAAAUGGACUGCAUGCUUAACAUGCAGUCAGAAGACCAGCACACUGAUGAAGACAAACAUUCCCACCUGUAUUCUGCAGCACAUACAGAUAGCCAGGAUGCUCAAGAUGCUGAACUCAGCUUCAAGGUAACCGGUGAAGUCCAUACCCAGGUUAUCCAAAAUUCUACAAAGAGAUUUCGACUAAGCUUCUACCAAACUCCCAAGAAGAGCACCAAAAGGCCUAUGUUGGAUGCUUCCCAUCCUGUGCCAUGUUGUAGUACCAGCAGUGUUGAACCAACAGGAUUACCUGAAGGGGCCAAUGUUGAACAGCAGCCUCCACACAACACAGCUCUCCUGAAUUUCACUCAGCCUUACACUGAGUUCCAUCAUCCACUGGCUAGCCACGUUCCAGUGCAACCCCUCCGAAUGGUCUUCACUAGACUGAAAAAUGACUGCUGGAGCUCCAAGAUCUUGGAAACUUCCUCGUACUAUAUUUCUAAGAAGAAAAUAACUCCUGGUAAGAUUUCGCUCUUCCUGAAGAGGUCUGGGGGACCGUCUUCCUGGGUCCCUCGUAAGUAACAUUGCAACCUCCUCCCUCCUUUGAGGAGAGUAAAAGAGAAGACCACUUGAAAAGAGAGACUGCCUCAGGGGGACUUGUGGAAGCCGGUUGUGUAGAGGGGAGGAGAGCAGAGAAAGCUGACUGGGCCAGUUGAACCAGGUCCUUUGCACAGUGAGGCCUGGGAACAGGCAAGAUACUAUCUAUCAGGUAGAUGCUUACUAUUCAGAUCACACAAACUAGCCUCCAACGGAGCUUACGGGAGGGAAACAGUAAGGAGUUUUACAUGACAUGAAGUCUGAGAAUUCUAGUUGGCAUGUACGUGUGCUUGCUUACUCGCACCUUAGUAGAAAACAGGCCUUUAUCUGCUUGGCAGUCGAAUACCUGCACUGGUGGAAAGUCUGAAUGAUCUCUGCGACCUACAUCUUCACAGAAGGUCGCUCUUGUGGGUAAAAGCCAUAGUGAAGAAAGUUCUUUUGCACUUACAGAUGUUCUUCUUUAAUGAACUUUAAAUACGUUUAAAAAAUGUUUCAGUGUUGAUAAAGUUCUAUAAACUAUGCCAAAGAAAAAAGAAAAUGUACCUUAUGCCUUUUCUAAUGUGACACAGCUGUCACUCUCAUGAAGUAACCAGCCCUAACAGUUCCUGCUGUUGCCUUCAUUCGCCCUGUGGAAUGAGAUUUUAUAAUUCUUUUGUUCUUAUUAAGAUGUUAUCACACCAUUCAGCCUUUUUCAGUGGACACUACAAUGUUCUUUUAAUGAACAGAACAUACUCAACUUGAAGAGAACAGUUUGGACUGCCCUUGUCCCUUUCAUUCCUUUUCAAAACAUAUGUGACUAAUAUGUAAAUUUAUAGUUGAAAGAAAACUUGAAAUGGUGGUGGGAUUUUUCUCCUUUUGAGUUUACGUUUUUAAUCUUUGAAUAAAAGUUUAUUCGGCAAA